ACAGCCCAAGAUGCCUCCUCGACGUGCGGCGGCGGCAGCGGCAGCAGCAGCAGCCGACCCCCCAAUCAUCGAGCCUUCCCCGGUCAAGACCAAAUUCCCUACUGCACGCAUCAAGCGUAUCAUGCAGGCCGACGAGGAGGUCGGCAAGGUGGCUCAGCAGACGCCCAUCGCCGUCGGCAAGGCGCUGGAGCUGUUCAUGAUCCAGCUGGUCUCCAAGAGCGCAGAGGUCGCGCGGGAGAAGAACUCUAAACGUGUCACCCCCGCUAUGCUAAAGCACGUCGUCGAGAACGACGACCAGUGGGACUUUCUCCGAGAGAUUGUGAGCAAGGUGGACCCCGAGAAGGAGGGCGCCGGCAGCAAGGGAAAGGGCAAGGCCGAGAGUGACUCGGAGGAGGACUCUGACCAACCCAAGAGGAGAAGGGGCGGCGGGAGGAAGAAGAAGGCUGUAUAGGAGGAGGACGACGACGACAACGACGAGGGCAGGUGUAGCGACUCGAAAUAGUCGCCAGUGUUUUGGUAUGCUGAAGGUCACAUCAGAAGAGGGUGGCAUACGAUACCCAGUACGGAAAAUGCGAUGGUACUUUUUUUUCUCCCUCACACGAAGGGCGAGUUAGGACUGGACCCUUCACAAGACGCAAGCGAGGAGGGCUUCACCGCUAUGGGACACAUCCAAUCCGUAUUGUUAUAUUAUCAGAGUCAUCGUAGUGGUCACUUGGUGUGGACUUUGGACGGCCAGAGAAAUCUUCAGUCACUCAAUAUCCAC